AUGGCUUCCAGCAGUAGUGGACCAGAAGUCAGAAUUCACAACGUCUACAUGACGAACGUCGAAGAGGAAUUCGCGAGGAUUCGCGGAUUCGUCGAGGUAAAUCGAGUGAAAACAUACAAUUUCCUAGAAAAUGCGCAAUUCAUUGCAGGACUACCCCUACGUGGCAAUGGACACGGAAUUCCCGGGUGUUGUGGCGACGCCAUUGGGAACGUUCCGAAGCAAAGAGGAUUUCAACUAUCAGCAAGUGUUCUGCAACGUCAAUAUGUUGAAAUUAAUACAGGUUCGUCGGAAACAAUUCGUUUUCGCUUGAAAAGCAAACAAUUUCAGGUUGGAUUUGCGAUGGUGAAUGAAAAAGGCGAAUUGCCGCCGACGGGCGAUGUUUGGCAGUUCAACUUCAAUUUCUCCUUCUCCGAAGAUAUGUUUUCGCACGAAAGUGUCGAAAUGCUCCGGCAAGCUGGUAUUGAUUUUAAUGCUCUGCAGGUUUCCCUUUAUUUCGCAGCUCCUCACUGAUUUCUCGGUUUUUACAGACAAAUGGUAUUCCGACAGCAGUGUUCGGCGAGUUUCUGACGACUUCAGGAUUGAUCACAGAUCCUCGGAUCACGUGGCUCACUUUCUCUUCCGGAUACGACUUCGGAUACCUUCUGAAGAGUAUCACAUUGGGAGACCUGCCAAAAGAGGAGAACUCAUUCUUCGCGUGUCACAAAACCCUCUUCCCGACCAGUUUCGACAUCAAAAUCUUGCUGCGGACACCUAAUUGCGCGUCGGCAAAGUUGAAAGGAGGACUUCAGGAGGUGGCCGAUCAGUUGGACGUGAAACGGCAAGGUAUACGUCAUCAGGCUGGUUCAGAUGCUCUGCUCACCGCAGCCACGUUCUUCAAGAUUAAGAAACAGUUCUUCGGAGACAGCUGGCAUCAGGUAUCGUACAUUUCGAAUCAGUUUUAAACUAAAGCACAACUUUCAGAUCGCUCCUCUGAUCUGCGGUCACAUGUUCGGUCUCGGAUCGUCUCUUUCUCUGUUCCAUUCCUCCAAUUCGACAUCCCGACUUGGAGAGGACCCGACGAACGGCUUGGGCGGUAUUCAGCAGGUCAACGCAUAA